AUGGAUCAUCUGUGCGUAGAUCCCCGCGACGCUGCUGCCACCAAAAUUGAGAUGUGUGAAGUCCAUAGUGCACCUGAUACCCCUGUUGCCGUAGUAGCUGUGAACGAGGGAGCUGAUGCGUCUUCCCCAGCGCUCGAAGAAGAGCAGGCAAGCGCAGACGAAGACGGUGGUAGCAUCGGAGAUGCCCUCUGCGAAGUGGAGGCUGAGGCUUCGAUGUUUCUGCAAGCUUCUGCCGCCGAGCUAGCGCCGCUGCAGCUGAGCGCACUGACACGCAGAGUCGAGAUCGCGCCGCUGAACGCCACGACGAUUCUCUCGGGUGUGCCGGUGGUCUCAGCGGUGGAUGAGGUUUACGUGCACGCACCGCCUAACGCCUACGCCACGUCGAUGGCAGGUUACUCACAGAGCGCUGCCGCACCGGAAGACAACGCCGCGCCUGUGGGGUUGUGGAUCUCGCCGGCAGAGACGAGGAUUGACUUGACAGCAGCUGCUGAAGAAGGUGCCAGCCAGGAGCUGUAUGAUCGGCAACAACAGGAGCAGCUUCAGGUGGACGGCACCGCAUCCCGCCCGCGCGAAGUACCAGUGACUGCGGCGGAGGUGAGCGACUCACAGGCGUGGGCGAUCGACUUCGCACCUGCAAAGCGAAUGCCGACCCGCAAGAUGACGAAGAAGGAGAAGGAUGCAAUCAAGCGACUGCGAGUGCGCCGUCAGACCAUGGGCGCGGACAGCGAGGGCAACACUGUUGUCCCAGUUGACGCCAGCGCGUUAACCGGGUCGCUCUCUUCGUCGCCGCUACAAGUGGUGCAGCUCGACACCCUCGCCUUGGACCGCGACGCACUUAUUCCAGUGAAUCUGAAGACGACACGAGCCGACCUCGAGGCACGGCUGGUACUUCGCCUGCCACGGCUGCUGUGUGUGAACAAACAGUACCCGCGCGCCUGCGGUAUAGCCUCGCUGACAUCCGUGUACAACUACCUGUACAGCUGGCUGGGCGAGAGCGCCGUCGGGACUAACCGUCCGCCACACUCGCAGGAGGAGAUCAUGUCAAUUUUAGGCUUUGAGCCGCCGUUUGGCGAAAUUGCGUGGGGGUCGUUUACCGGUAACGCCACGCUAAUCCGCUGGUUCCACGCGCUGAACCGGCACUUCGGGGUGCGCGGGCGUGCAUACAUUCUGUACAAGGUCCACGGUAGCGGCAAGACGACGCACCUCUACAACAAUAACACCGAUGCGCUGGCAGCCGUGAAGGCGGCGCUGCGCGACCCGCACUGCGCCCUCAUAUACCAUUGCCACAACCACUACAUGGUGCCGAUUGGCUACCAGGACAUCCCGCUCGCGCAGGCGGACUUCCUGAAGCCGACCGUGGCCGAGUCCAGCUGUGACACGACCAUCUUCAUUGGGGAGGUUAGUCGUGGUCGGCACGAGGCGAUGUACGCCCGCAAGUGGUCGCAGAUUGUGAAGGACAUCGAGUGCAAGUCGCCUUUUUUCUUUAACAUCCGCCACCCCGAGCAGGGCGUGCAGCGGCGCGAGCCAAAGAAGAAAUUAUCCAAGGAAGGGGCGGACGAAGGUGCUGACGUCACUGUUCGUGCUGUGGCCGCCACCACUGCUACUACCACCGCGUCGGUGGCGGUGGCGGCCACAGCACAGAUGAGGGAUGCGGAUGGGUUGCAGCAGCGACAGCAGAAGCGGCAGGCCCAAGAGCUACAGGGCGGGAACUCGAGCGAGGCACACAGCUCCGCUGAGACUAUCCUUGUUGCACUGCCGAAUGCCAUUCCGCGCAGCGGUGCUACUGUGCUGCGCGGCAUCAGCGAUAACGAUGUCGAUGCUGACUUCCUUGACGAUGCAGCGUCCAACACCAGCAGCGAUACGAUCGAGGUGAUGGUCUUCGCCGCCACCCCCACACCACCACUGCCGCCAGCAGCGCCGUCAUCAUUUUUGCAGCAGCCGCUGCCGCACACUUCCUUAUCCCCAGCGGUGUCCACCAUGGCCGCUCUCAAGCCUGGCCUUGCUAAGUCGCCCGAGGAUGUGGGUGACGGCUUGUCCAUUGCCACAGUGAUGCAGCUGCAGGCACUGGCAGAGAAAGUGGUGGCAGUUGCGCAGCCUGGUGUGAGCCAUGAAAGGAACGUUAGUGUGUCUUCCGCAGCUCAGUCUGCACCACUGUCGCCCAGUGGCGCGGCCGGUGCUCCUCUUGCGAAUAACGCCAUGGCCUCGAUGAACGAAGCCGUCAGCUCAGUGCCUGCGUCCUCGCCUCUACCAGCGUCGUCCUCGUCGCUGCCGCAACAGCAGCCGAAGCUUCGCACAGCCUAUGCUGGUAUGGAUAGCGCAGCGGAGGCGUCCCGCUUUCCGCGGUCGUCGCCGUCGCCAGCUGGGCCGAAGAAGGAGCGUGGCAAUUUGCACUGUAUUAUUUGCUUCCGCAAUGACGAAGUGGAGCCGAAUCUGGAGCGGUACGAGGACACCGCGUUAUGGGUCGCCGGUACUGCCGCAGCGUCGCCACGGUCGUCGGUGUCCUCGCUGCCCCGUGGCGGUAGUUUUAGUAGUAAUGAGGCCGACGUGUGA